AUGCCCAAGCCAGCAGCUCCCGCAAAGAAAGAUGAUAACGAGCCAUCGCCUAUCAUCAAAGCCACGCUACAAGCGGCAGUCAUUGCGGGAAUAUCAAACAUUCUCGCCCAGGCCAUCAGUGCCUACAAAGACGGUACACCUCUGGUGAUUGACUGGGUGCCAGUGUUCCAGUUCUUCCUCUUUGGUGUGAUCUCUACGCCUCCCAAUUUUUUGUGGCAAGAACUCCUUGAAACCACCUUCCCAUCCCACCACGUCUCCCCCACGCGCGAAGCCAUCGCCUCCGCCUCCGCCUCCGACGAAAAGGCUCUCGACCGCGAAGCCUCUCUCGGCACGCUCGUCGAACCGCGUCUCAACAAAGGCAACACCUUCAUUAAAUGGCUGCUCGACCAAACCGUGGGGGCAGCCGUCAACACGUUGCUUUUCAGCAUGUUCAUGCGCGGCACGCAAGCCGCGAUGCAGCACCGGGCCACCUCUACGUUCGGCGCCUCACCCGAUCAAAGUCUGUGGUUUUUGAUCGACAGCUUCAAAAGGGGAAACGCGAUCCAGUAUCAUGGCGUUAAUUGGAACUGGGUUUGGGAGGAGUCGAAGCGCGAGUUUUGGGGGCUGAUGGUGGCGAGCUGGAAGUUUUGGCCGUUUGUGAGUAUUGUCAACUUUGCAGUCUUGAAGACGGUGGCGGCGAGGAGUCUGGCGGGCAAUUUGGCCGGGAUUGCCUGGGGAGUUUAUAUGAGUUUGUUUGCUGCGCAGUAGGAAGAUGAAGAGGACGGGGGAGGGGAUUGGGUUGUUGUUAUGGUGUCCAGCUAUGACGAUGAUGAGGAUAUGAUGAUGGGGAUUUGACAACGGGGAACGAAGGGUGGAGGCUCUGAAGUUCUGUAUGGAUGUAUCGGAAAAGAGGGUUGUUUACAUCCAUGAACUUGGAGCCAUCAGGGUUACUGCUGUUAAUGAGCAAUGGUAUGCCUUCAGAGCCACGCCUCUCACCUUGAUACGGUGUGCUGGGUAGGGUCAUGGAGUGUCGUCACCCAACGCUCUUGAUAAGCGGCCAUAGCGAGAUGACUCGACGGAGGAGGAAUGAGAAAGAGCAAUGGGGAUGAGAAAAAGGAGAAAUUGUUGGCAGCAACUACAGCCGGGUAAAAUGGGGUUGUAGUUGUGGUCAUGCUUUUCGCUUUUCGAUAGACACAAAAUUUCAAAAUUAGAGAUAUCUUCCGGG